CUACUUCCCCUACUCAUUACACUGCUUCUGACUCUUCGUACAACCGAAGACCGCCCGGACUCUCAUCCUCACCGCCAGGCACCAACGGUUCCUACUUUCCCUCCUCUGCCUCCAGCGUUCCUAUGCCAUCUCAACGCCCCCGGCGAGAUUCCUUCUCCGUUUCCCCUCCUGCGUCGCGAUCACCACCAGACGCAGCCUUUGUCUCUCGCCGUAACUCUGUCGAUACUCGUCCGCCUCCUCCUCCUUCGCCACGGACAUCUCCCCAGGACCCCCGAGCAAAUCCUGUCCCAGUCUCGAAUAACUCGAGUGGGAGGCCGAGGUUGAUGUCAAUAUCGACGAGGAAUGUGAGGUGGGAUCAUAACCUCGUUUGUCCAUCGCCUGUCCCGCUCGAAGAACGAAGAAAAGGGUGGUUCAAUCGCCGAGGUGACCAGCUCUGGACCAACUCAGGCUCCUACAAACCACCCAUGCCAGGCGAAGAAUACCCCCGCGACCUACACUUCUAUCCCGAAGUCGGUCAGGGAUGGAUGAACGAAGACGGGACCAAGAUCGAUAUGCAGCAUAGGCUAAUACCAAAAGUACCACAGAAAUCGGCAUUGAAGAGGCCGAUGGUGCCACGUCAUGCGAAUACUUGGUAGGUAGUGUGGAUGGUUGUUUGUGGGUGGUUGGGGUGUGUCGAUAUCGGACUAUUUUUGGCGUGUUGGUGAUAUGUUCGGUUGCGACGGCAGUGGUGAUUUUGGCAGUUGCUCGUGCGGAGAUGAUGUACAUAUAUUAUCCAAGUCGACGUCGCGGCGUAGUCGAGGCUCGCCACGGGGAUAUAUGCGUAUACGAUAGCAGUGGUCCACGCAGUAUUAGUUCAACUUGUAUAUGUUUCGCUUUUCUUUUACCGCACAUACAUAACUUAUCCUUUGUAUUCUUCCCCGUCUUCGUUUCUUCUCUUUGUAGCAGUAUAACUCUAUUACGAUAUUUAUCUUGGUUUAGCACGUAUCGGCUUGAUGUGAUAUAAAAUCGC